GACACUGUUGAGAACGAUUUGGUUAGUAUCAGGACAACUCGUCACGAACACUGCCAGUGAGGACCGCAGCACUGUGUAUAGGGACAUUGAAGUCAUGACGCCGGUGUCAGUGCAAGGCUUGGUGGCCAUUCUCCUGCUGAUGGCGGGGGUGGCCAUGGCUGCACCAGCUACAAGCUAUGCUGACGACUUGGACUUUGAUGAUGAGCAAGUAGAGGAUACAUUGGAUAAGACCAGCAACCGGAUCGACAAGAUCAUGGAUGAACUGCAGCAGCUCUCCCUGGAACUUGGUCAAGAUGAAGACGAAGCGCUAGAUGGAGAUGAGGUCAGAAUCAGCAAGCGUGAUCCACAUCACAGUGUGCCAGUUCUGGAAUAUGCUGACUUCCUCGAUGCAGACCAAAAGCCAAUUCCGCAAGUCAAGGGAUUCUGGGAGCAAGACCUGAGAGGAGCCAACGUGAUUCAGGACACUUGGGUUGGUGUUUUGAAGAACGGUAUCAGCGAUGAAGGAUACGCAACUAUCAGAGGAACGAUGCGUGAAAUGGCAAAGGCAUAUUCCAAGGAGCUACAAUCUAAAAAAAAGAAGCCCGUGCCAGACUUUACAGUCAAUUACGACACUGUAGGCGUGGAUGACAAACCAGUGACAAAGACCGUCACAAUUCCAUUCAACGGGGAGCCGUUUGGUUUCUAUGAUUUGCGUGAGUUUGCGACUAAUCAGGUGGACGAUGACUCGACGGCUGCUGACUACCCAUUCACACCGGACCGCGCCAAUCGCAAAGCUGCUGGACCACGUGGAAUGUAUUUCUACGGCCCUGAAGUGUUUGCAAGGAAGGUGGCCGCGGGUAUAGAAGAGCUUGCUGGAGUUGCAGCCAAUGUGCAAGCAGACGCAGAUGCGUGCGCGCGUGAAACUCAGGCCGCAGGUUGUAAUUGGACCCGAACUCUCUUGGUAACUGGCCUGCUGCAGUUCCAGUCUGUACCAAUUUGGAUUACGAUGUGGACUACCCAGACAUUGCUGGCAAGGACGUGCGAGCGUUUGUGAUUGACGACGGAAUAUAUCUUAACAAUCCUGACUUCCCCGCUGGCACUUUACAUCGGCCUGCAGAGAGAGCAAACACGCCAUUGGAGGACCAGCCCGGAAGCAGUCACGGAACACACGUUUCAGGUAUUAUUGGGUCGCAAACCUAUGGAAUUGCGCCUGGCACUCAAAUUGUCGUCUACCGUGGGAACAAUCGAUUCCUCAUUGGCUCACUGUCCAUGACUAACGCGUUCGAAAACAUCAUUCGCCGCCAUGCUGCAGCAAGUCAGAAUAGUCCGGCUAAAUUCGUGGUGAACAUGUCUAUGUCAUUCAAUAGGUUUAGACCAGCAGAUGCCCGCCCUGCAGCAAAAAUCAACUACCAAGUGCCGGAAGUCGUGCAAGGUUUAAGACAGCUGAGCAGAACGGGUAUUUAUGUUACAAUGUCGGCUGGCAACAACAACUUGCUGUUUCAAGCAGAUGCUUGCAAUGGUCUUGCAGUGACCAGCCGUGGAAACACUCCACAGGAUCAACUGAUGGCAGUGGGAGCCCACCAAGCCAACGAGGAGCGUCAGCCUCACUCCAACCAAGGACCAUGUGUUGCGGUUUAUGCCCCUGGUCAUCAAAUUGAAUCAACCAUCGCCGGAAACAAUCAUGGGCAAAAGACGGGAACGUCGCAGGCUGCUCCUCAUGUUGCAGGCAUCAUCAUCCGCGCUCUAGUUGAUCUACCAGCAAUGGCAGCUUUGCCAACACCUACUCAGAUGAGAGCCUUUGUGCAAAGACUUGCCAAGCCUGAUAUUCUUCCCAAUUCUGCUCGGGCUGAAGCCCAUCAUCAGUUGGCCAAUGUACUGCCCGGUACAACUACAGGCCUUGCUUUCUACUACUGCACAGAGCAUGUGUACACCGCCAAGCAGAAUCCAGUCAAUCAUGGCCACAACCCUAAACUUGUGCACAAGGUUGCGCCGGUUUUGGUUGUCGUCCCUCCAACCGAAGGCACAUAGUGGAGUCUGACGCCAAACUGUAGCAAGUUGUAUGGUGUUCCCGCUUUUCAACCACACUCAGCCAAAAUGUCAUAACUCUCUCUCUGUCUCUCUAUCUCUCUAUCUCUCUAUCUAUCUAUCUAUCUAUCUAUCUAUCUAUCUAUCUAUCUAUCUAUCUAUCUAUCUAUAUCUCUCUUUGUCGAGCACAUCCAUCUGAAUUCUACUUCUUUUCUUAACUCUAGUCUCUACUUUACGCCUCCAUCUUCCUACCCUAUAAUGUGAGCAUACAAUGGUGAACAUCACGAUUUGUUCUUCACAUGUUUUCAUUGUCCAUGGAUGAGAUGAACCCUGCUUCUCUCUCUCCGAUGUCUUGUCCAUUUCCUUCUUUCCUAUUCGCUCUUCCGUUUGUUUGGUAUGUGGUCCUUUUUCAGUCCCCUUUCUUUCUAUGGACUUUGAGUCUUUUGUAGUUUCUGUCAUCUUGUACCUCCGUAUUUUCUAGGCUCCUUACUCUUCGGGACACUCUGCUCCCACCUUCCUACAUAGCUCUACUAUUUUAGCUGCUUGUGUCUCGCCAUCCCUCUUGUUCGCUCUCUUCACCUUCAACUCUACAUCUUCUUGACAUUGGCUCGGUCCAUAUGAAGUUGCCUCAACCAGAUCUCCCUGCUCACUGGCGCUGUGUUUAUCUCCUGGACGCCCGCACUUCUUUUUUUGCUGUUGUAAUUAUAAUUAUGAUGGCCUUCACAACCCCUCCUUUUUCCCCAAUUCCCCUUCCUUUCCCUAAUACCUCUUCCCCGGUUCCCCUCCGUUCUCCCUACAACCCCAUCAUAAUAGCGUUAGCUGAAAAAAGAUUUUCCCCGCACCACAA